UUCGUAACGGAUAUUACAGCUAGACGUAUAUGUGUAGAGCUCGCGGUGCGCGGACGGGCCUCAUGACGGAUAAUGCCAAUUCGGAUCGCGGUAUUGCGGCUGGCAUGUCGAUAUAAACGCGUCAUAUUCAGAAUGCGGUGGUCCGUAUACGCGGUGAACGCGAUAGUACGAGAUUCUGUAUGCGAUUACAAGAUUUCUUCUGAAGAUAAUGAAGAUGGCGACUACCGAAAACGCUCGAUAGAGGCAAAAAACUCUUCUACUCCUGCGUUUUAUUCUGAUGUACAGAGAUUUGACUGACUCGCCGACUGCUGAGAAUACUCAAUGGAAGCAAAAUACGCUCUAUCCUCUUUUCUCGCUAGGAUCGCAAUGGAUGGGAGAGAGAACACAAAUAAAAUGCUCACAGUAAUGCAGUUCAGACAGCCGGCGGUUUGGCUAUUUAAACUCUUGUCAAUUGGUUUUGCAUAUACCGGUAUUAGCGAUUGGGAUGCGUGCAGUGGACGAUUAGAACGCGCCUUGGACGCACUACAUAGGGAUUCCAUUAGAAGAAACAAUUUGGAUGAAGAAGAGAUUGGAACAUUGUAUCAACGCGAACUACAUUCCGUUCCCCUGGAAAUGUCUGUCUCCCGUAUGGCCGUAAAGCUUUCAGAAAAUACGAAGGAGACCAGAGGUUACUGGGCACGAGUGGAACAAUGCGUGUACGAUCCAGAUCACAAUUUUCUGAGGACGCGCAUUGUAUUCAACGAUCUGUCAGUGUCAGGAAUAGUGUCCCUAAUACCGCGAAAUCAUCAUGCCCUAAUUUCCGCUGAAUCCUGCAAAAUGACACUGCGACUGAGGCGCGCGGGAAUAGACUUUCUCACCAAUCCGAUCACCCGGGGACGCGGUCAGAUGCGUAUACGUACAGAAUCCAGUUUUCUAGAACCCAGAUUUGCAUCGAUCUAUGCUUAUGACUGCCGUACUACACGCAUCGAUAAGCAAAUCAAACGGCAGGAUAAAUGGCCACCGUAUCACUUAAUUAAUAAGGUAACACCAACAUUGUCGUUAUCUCUGAAUGAUAAGUAUGAUGCGGCGGAACCGAGGCAAUUAGCGGGCAACGCCGAAGAAAUAGAUAUUGUCAUACCGAACGAAAGUCAACGUUUGCGUUACUCGCACGUCCCUGAGAUGAAUUUCGGUGUAUGGAAGAAGAAUUCUUGGAUCACCAAAUUAUCAUCACGUCAGAAACGUUCAAUGGCACGGUACGCGCGUGCUACGUUUGUAUUUACACCGUGGAACUUCACGGACACUCUGAUAAAUAAACGUAAAUCAACAGAGAAACCUGUAAAUUUUACUAAAAUUAAUUUAACCGAUGAUUUCCGGAAUAAGGAUCCAUCACAACAUGUAUUGCGAGAUCUCGUAGUAAACGACAAUUUUGACAAUCUGUUCUCUUUAGACUUGAAAGAUCCAAACAGAAUGAAUUGGCAAUCUAAGGAGUAUAUCACAAAAGAAAUGGAAGAAAUAUUUUUGCAGGGUGCUAGUCAAGCAUUGACCAGAUACAUCGAACGUCAAUUGCAUCCGGCAAUCAAAGAAACACUAAUGUUGUCCAUGGGUUAUACCAUCAGUUAUGGAUAA